AUGGUCCGCAGGCUCAACCUAGAGAGCGAACCUUUUCGGGUUUUUUCUCUGUUCAAAGCCAUGCAAAGGCUAAAACGUAAUGACCCAGUUUGUGAUUCCUUUGUGUUUGCUUCUUUGAUCAAAGCUUGUAACAAGUUAUCGGCUUUGCGAGAAGGAAAGUCUGUACAUUGUCAUGUUGUUAGGCUUGGUUUGGAUUAUAAUGUGAAUUUGUUGAACAGUGUAGUUAGUUUUUAUUCGUGUUCAAAGAGUUUGGUGGGAUAUGCUUGUGCUGUGUUUGAUAGAAUUCCUCACAAAACGGUUGUAACUGUUAAUUGUAUGCUUUCUGGGUUUGUGAAGAACAACCUGUUCGAUGCGGGAUUGGGUUUGUUCAAUGAAGUUUUGCGUUGUGGUUUUGGUUUGGAGUUGAAGCCAAAUUAUGUCACUUUGGUUAUUUUGAUUUCAGGGUGUGUGGAAUUUGAUGAGUUCAGUGUGGGAAAGGCACUUCAUUCAUACUGUUGUAAGACAGGUUUGGAUUUGGUAAAUAAGGUAUGCAAUGCACUUAUUGAUUUGUAUUCAAAGUUUGGGCGGAUGGACGCAGCCGCAAGCAUGUUUAAUGAGAUGCCCGAGAGGGAUUUGAUUUCAUGGAAUACCAUGAUUGCAGGAUAUGCUGGUGUAAGUGAUUGCAGAAGAGCUUUCUCUUUGUUUAGAAAAAUGAGAGAAAGAGGUGUUGGAUUUGAUAGAGUGUCAUUUAUUAGUUUGAUUUUGGCUGCUUGUAAUAGUAGAGAUCUUGAGAUGGGGAAGGUGGUUCAUGGUUAUAUGACAACUUGGGGAACAGAAAUAACUGUAGCUAUUAGCACAGCACUGACUAACUUGUACUGCAAAUGCGGACAAAUAGCGUGUGCUAAAAAAGUUAUGGAUGAGGUACCAGAUGACAAUAUUGCGUUGUGGAACUCUAUGAUCCACGGGUACGUCAAAUGCGGGCAUAAUCAAGAGGCACUGGGGCUCUUCAAUCAGAUUCGAUCUAGAAAGCUAAGGCCAGAUGAAGCAACAAUGGUAGGGUUAAUCUUAGCUUGCCGAAACUUGGGGGAUUUGUCCUAUGGAAUUGACCUUCAUUAUUAUGUAGAGAGUAGUAAUCAUCUGCAAGGGAGUAUUGUACUGCAAAAUGCGAUUAUAGAUAUGUAUGCAAAAUGUGGGAGCAUGACCAGAGCUAAAGUUUUGUUUGAUAAGAUGCCAAAGAAAGAUGUUGUUUCAUGGACUUCAAUUAUAGUGGGGCAUGCCAUCAAUGGUGAAGGAAAGGAAUCCCUUCUUGCUUUCAGGAAAAUGUGUACUGAGACAGUUGAACCAAACUCUGUUACAUUCAUAGGUGUUCUAUCAGCAUGCGAUCAUGCUGGUUUGGUUGAUGAAGGUCUGAACUUGUAUGAUGCCAUGUGCAAGUUUUACCAUAUCAAGCCCACGAUUGAGCACUGCGGAUGCAUCAUUGAUAUGCUUGCACGAGCAGGAAGGCUAGAGGAGGCGCACAAGUUUGUGAGGAGUAUGCCUAUAGAACCAAAUGCAGUUGUUUGGAGGAUGUUGAUUAAUGCGUGUAGGGUUCAUGGUGAUUUUGAUAGGGGGUUAUGUUUGGUUAGUGGGUUCACAGACCCAAAGACAUUGCAUGGUGCCGAAGAUCAUGUUACUUCUUCCAACAUUCUUGCUGAUGCAGGAAGGUGGGAUGAUGUUCUGCAUCAGAGGAGCUUGAUGGCAAUCAGGAAAGCUCCAAAAGUUUCAGCUAAAAGCUCAGUUUCAGAUUUAACAGAGUGA